UGACUUAGGGUGUGGUUUAGUCCGUAUAUAUAGUUGUAAUUUUGAUCCUGUUGUCACUGUGUAUCCGUACAGCAAAUCAACAACAACAUGUUUGUAAAACUGGCAGUAUUAGCUAGCUGUAUGGCAGUAGCUCUCGGCGGGGCCUGGCAUGGACCGUUGGCUGGUGGUUCUCCAGCUGCCUUGUACCCUGCUGGUGUCAGCCCACAGGCCUGCCCCAACUACCCUCACUGCUCUAACCCAGCUGUAGCCGCCAACCCAGGAGCCGCCGCUCAUGGUGGAGCUUGGAACGGAGGUGCCGGUGCUUGGAAUGGCGCUGGAGCCGGUGGUGCCUGGAACGGCGCUGGAGCCGGUGGAGCCUGGAAUGGUGCCGGUGCUGGAGGCGGAUGGGACGGUGGACAUGAUGGCGGUGCAUGGAACGGAGGACAUGAUGGCGGUGCAUGGAACGGUGGAGACAACGGACAAUGGAACGGAAACGGCGGAGGAUGGAACGGAAAUGCUUUGGACAACGGUGAUUACACCGGUGACGGAGAUUACCACGGAGAAGGACUCGCCGAAUCUGGAGCCGCCGGCGGAUACGCAGGCGCUGGUGCUGGAGGAUAUGCUGGUGGAUACGCCCAUGGAGGAGCUGCUGGUGGUGUCCCAGCCGGCGUCGACCCCCAUUCCUGCCCCAACUAUCCUUUCUGCCACUAAAGAAUGCCAGAUUACCAGCUGACAAACAUCGUUGUUUUGUAGUCAGUGCGAACUGUGACUUGCUGUAUAUAAAAUAAUAUUUCUAUAUAUAUAUGUAUA